AUGGUUUCAUGCAGCAAGCAGGAAAGACCCCACCCGCGCCGGGCUGGUCCUUCGGCUCCCCGGGGUCGGCUCUCAGGGGUCGCAGGGAGGCCGCGGCCGCCCGGCCCGUCCCCACGCACGGCUUCCCGGGGCUCCCGGAGGAAUGCCUGGGCCGGCGGGGCUCGGCAGUCGCGCGUCCCCUUCGCCCGUUCCUUCUCUUCAAGCACACGGAACCGGAGAACACGAGGCAGGGCUCUUCAAAGCCGCGCCACCGGGGCAGCCGUGCUGAGGCGAGGACGAGGACGCGCCCAGGCGCAGGAGGCGUCGACUCUCGGGCCCAUCCGGCCGUUAAUGGCGGAGAGCAUGGCCAGACCCAACAGACGAAGCCACAGGGAGGCCAGUUGAGACUUGACUGAAGAAGGUAAGGACCGAGGGGCUGAGCACCCCAUGCCUGGGAUCCAGCAGUCAUUUGCCAGGAAGGCUGAGCCCCGGGGUGGCAAGAGCGUGGUUUUGGAAAGGAGAAGUGUCUCUGCUUCUGGCGUAGAGUUGGUCAUUUAUUUUUUUUAUUUUUUAUUUUUUAUUUAUUUAUGAUAGUCACAGAGAGAGAG